UAAACAACCAAAGUAAUGUUUGUCCUAGCAGUUGAAAAUUAUGAUCUAUAACUAAUAAUACGUUUGUGCAGAUGCCUACUGCAUCCGGUUUUAUCAAGAGUCUCAGCGGCGGCAGCAAGUUCACCUCUACUUUUGUCAUCGAUGACAUCCAGUAUCACUUCAGCGGCAACAUUAAUCCCACUACACCGGAAUUCGAGUCCAACAAUGCUACGCUUGAAUACACUAACAAACAACAAUUGACCGCUCAGCGACAGAUUGAAGAAGGAAAGGUUGGCACCAACAACAUCAGCCUGAGUCUCAAAAAUGGCCCAACCAUUGAGGGUAUUCUCAACUCGCCCAUUCAUCCGGCAGUGCGCGUUUCUGGAACAGGUACCUGGGCACAGGAUUAA